CACUUGUAUCUGAAUUUUGUGCUGAUGUCUUUCAGAAGAACGAUAAAAGCUUCACGACCAAACCAUCUAGCUCAGAGAACGAAACUCCAUUUUACAAAAUGAACGUGGAAUAUACUCGUGAAAUGUCGAAUAGAAGUGUUUCCUGACAGCAGAGUAGAUAAACAUUCACAUGAAUAUGAUUGUGUAUUGGAUAAGAGCCAUGAAGUUAUUACAGUAAUAGACAUAAAUCACUUAUGAUUAAUAUAACUAUACAUUUAAUUGUCACGUGAAUGUCAUAUUUUCUAUCAUAUAUUAAGCAUAAAUAUAUGAAUGAAUUAUCUGCUUACUAAAUCAUCAAAAUAACAAAAUGAAAUUAUCUACUACAGAUUGUUUAGUUGUAUUCUGUGUGAUCCAUCUAAUGGUUACAGAUCCUAUUUAUGCCGGUACCAAUACUGGAGGAGCUAAUCUUUGUGUUGGUUACAAUGGGAAAGAUUUCAUAAAUGAAGGAACCUAUUACGCUCCCAACAUUCGGACUAUUGUUGGCCUAAUCAAUUCGACCUGUAACACAUUUAAGAAAUAUCCAAAAACUAAAAACUCACAUUGA